AUGGAGAGUGAUCGAAGGAUGUUGAGAGGAUUGGAUGAUGGAUCUAUUCAAAUGGGCCGGAGGUCCCGGGGUGGCACCUAUCUCAGGGUCCAGGAGAAGGAGAACUUGCUCUUCCGGGAAGCCCACGGUGCCGAUCCAGUACUCCAGGGACCCGAAACCUCAAACUUCAAGAUCGACGCGGAGUCCAUCGGCCAGCCAGAUUAA